AUGCCGACAACAAUGAAUGCUCAAGCUGUGGAGGAUGAGGAUUACCACUGGGUAGCCGCCUGGACAUCGAUGCCUCAGUUGGUAGAGCCAAAUAACAUGCCUCCAUCUCCAUUUAAUGGAGGUGGUGGGGUCUUCCGUGGUGCUACCCUCCGCCAAACCUUCUACAUGACUCUUGAUGCGGAGCGGAUCCGCCUGCAAAUCAGCAACACAUUUGGUGGCAGUGAUCUGCCUAUUACAGCAGCGACCAUUGCUUUGCCGGCUGGUGGGGGGGCCGGCGUGGCCGGGAUUGACACGUCGACGUUGAAGGAGCUGACGUUUAACAAUGGUUCGCCAUCGACCACGAUCCCGCGUGGUCAGAUUGCUUAUACGGAUCCUAUUGACUUCAAGAUCUCCUCCCAAACGAAUAUAGCUGUGUCGUUGUAUUUCCAGCACGGCCAGUCCGGUAGCAGCAUCACCGGCCACCCGGGCAGCAGGACCACGUCUCAUAUGCAGUCCGGGAACCGUAUCCGCGAGGCGACACUGGCAGGUGGCAACACCAAUCACUGGUAUUUUGUCAGCGCAGUCGACGCUUGGGUUCCUAAGAACUACAGUGCGUUUGUGAUUUUGGGCGAUAGUAUUACCGAUGGUAGAGGAAGCACGGACAACAGGAACAACCGCUGGCCGGAUCUUCUCCUUGCUCGCCUGAAGAAGGAAGGCAUCAACCACAUUAGCAUUGCCAACCAGGCUGCCGGCGGGAACGCCAUUCUCUCGGGUGGUCUUGGUCCCACGCUUCUCUCCCGUUACAAGCGCGAUGCUUUGGGGGUAGCCGGCGUCAAAUACGUCAUGAUCUUCGAGGGCGUUAAUGACCUCGGCAACAGCAGCCCCGACUCUGGGACGCAAAAUUCUCUGGCAAUACGGCUGCAGCAAGCAUAUGGUCAAAUUGCACGCGACUGCCAUGCAGCAGGCAUCAAAACCAUUGGAGCCACUAUCGCACCUUUCAGUGGCAGUGGCCAGUCGUACUCGAACCCGGCGCGCGAGCAAACCCGAGUUCGGGUGAACAACUGGAUCUUGAACAGUGGCACCUUCAACGCAACAGUUGACUUUGGAGUUGUUCUGGCCGACCCAGCUCAGAAGAGCCAGUUGGCCAGAGAGUAUGAUGGCGGGGACCACUUGCAUCCGAAUGUAGCAGGUUUCCAGGCCAUGGCGGACGCUGUCCCUUUGGACUUCUUUAACUGA